AUGUUUAAAAUUACAAUUGUUACAUUUUUCGGUGUUUUGGCUGUGGUUGCUGCCAAACCUGGAGUUAUUCCACCACUCGCUUAUUCAGCAGCACCUUUAUUAGCUGGUCCUGGAAUUGUUACUGCAACCAGUAACCAAGUUAUUGCAAGAAACUACAAUGGUAUUGCUACUGCUCCACUUUUAGCUGCUGCUCCGUUUGCUUCACCACUUGUUGCUGCAGCUUCGCCAAUCGGCCUUGCUUCAGCUGACUACACAGCAUCUCCUCUAACCUAUGCUGCUGCUUACAAUUAUGCUGCUUCGCCGUUCGGAGCUAGAUAUAUUUCUCCUUUUGGAUCAUUGAGUUAUGCUGCUCCAGCUCAAUAUCUCAUUUAAAAACCAAAGACUGAUGAUAAUUAUAUUAAAACUUCUAUUUGAUAAAUUUUGAAUUUUUUCUGCAUAAGCCUUUAUAGAUUUCCAAUUAAGUAUGA